AACAAUUUCCAAUUAGCACAUUACACAAAAAUGUAUAAAUUAAUCCUUAUUGCUGCUUUGAUUGCCUUUACCGCCGCUGCUAGUGAUGAUGCUCAUGCCGAAGUUCUUAACAUGAGAUCGGAAAUAAGAGCUGAUGGUUUUGAUAGCGGUUUAGAUAUCAGCAAUCAUAUUCAUCAAGCUUCUUCCGGUGAUGAACAUGGCAAUAUUCAUGGUGAUUUUGAAUGGGAUUCACCUGAGGGUGAACACAUUAAGAUUGAAUAUGUUGCUAAUGAAAAUGGCUAUCAACCUCUGGGUGAUGUUAUUCCAACACCACAUCCAAUUCCUGAGGCCAUCUUGAAGUCUAUUGCUUAUAAUGAAGCUCAUCCCUCAAAGGAAGAACAUCAUUAAAUUAAAAGUUUUAGUUCUAACAUUUGCUU